GAUUAAGAGCUCAGGGUCAUCGCCAAUUCGUCAUCCAUGGCGACCUCAUUCUCUCUCUCCAACUUGCUCUCUUUCCUUCCACCUUCACCUCCCAAAGCUCUAUUGCCAUCACCACAACUCCUCAACCUCUCUAUUUCUACCCAGAAGUCUAGGUUUCUCACACUGGUGGCUCGAGAUGGUGCCGACGGGAUCCCUCCUUUGUCCAGUGAUGUUUCGUCCAUCAUAUGCCCUUCUCUUGCGUAUGCAAAUACUCUCUACUUCAAAUCUGCGUACAAUGUUCAGGUGAUCGUGGACGAGAACGAGCCAGAGGAGAGGCUCUUGAACCGGUUCAGAAGGGAAGUCAUGAGGGCCGGCGUCAUUCAGGAGUCCAAGAGGAGAAGGUUCUUCGAGAACAAGCAGGAAGAGAAGAAGCGAAAAACUAGGGAGGCUGCGAAGAGGAACCGUAGAAGGCGCCCCAUGGCGAGAACAAUGUUUCAAAACAAGGAAGAACCCUCUACAAAGAAGAAGGACGAUGAUGAUGAAGAUAAUUGGGAAGUGCCUGAAGGAGGCCUGCCUUAAGUGAACUUUUCACUUACCUUCUCUUUUUCUUGUAACUUUGAUUUUCACUUGUCAGAGGCAUAUUUUUCCCGUGAAAGUUUCAAACUAAAUCGUGUUCUUUGAUUGUACGAGUUUAAUCAUUUUCAAUGGGCAGUAAUUGUUCUUGUGUGGGAUAAAUGACAUUUGAGAUCUGCACUUCUGAACCAAGUACCUACCGGGCAUAUAAAGUCAAUCAUAUGCCUAGAAAGGAUGAUGUCCAACAUGGGUGAGAGGGGCUCAUUCUUACCUGUUUGUGUGAGCAUUACCAUUCUUGAUGGAUUGAUCACAGAAUGAGGAGCUUAAUGUUGUA